UUUAAACAUUGCUCAAUAAUUCAUCCUGUCUGAAAUCACUUGUCAUGCUGCAGACUAAUAUCACUUUACACUGAGAUGCCAAAAGGUAAACAGUAAUACACACAGAGGGAGAUGUUCGUCAUAUUACUCAGCAGUUGGUGCCUAAUAAACUUUCUUCUGUGUCUGUUUUCAUCUGGUCUAUUUCAAAACACACACACACACACACAUACACACACACACACACACAUUGCAGAAGGCACUUUCCAAAAUAACAACAUUAUAAAUAGCCAGUUGACUAGCCAAAGGUGGAUUUCCACGAGCAGAGAGAGCACAGCAUACACUGAACAAACAAGAGGAAAGAACGUAGAACACCUUUUAGGAAAACAACAAAUUAAUAUGGCAUCUGAUCGUCCUUCUUUACCUCCAGGUGACCCUGUUUGCCCAGGGUGUCAGGCCGAGGGGUCACUCCUGCUCCCCUGUGGACACAGCUUAUGUCAGUCUUGCUUACAAUUGUUCCAGCUCGAGCUUGGACAUGAGCAGCAAAGAUGCACUGAGUGUUAUGGACGAGAGCUGCUUGACAACGUCCUCAAGGGCCUAUUCGACUCCAUAUUUCAAGGUCAGCCUCGACGGGACAGGACCCAAGCCGAAAUGGGACUAGGUUUCUUUGGAGAAGACAAUGCCAUGGCUGAAGGUGGUAAGGUGUGUACUAGGCAUGGUGACACCCUGACUCUGUUCUGCAUGGAGGAUGAAAAGCUUAUCUGUGAUCAGUGCCAGGGAGAAGAUCAUGAGGGUCAUGAGUGUAAUGGUACAGAGGAGGCAGCUCAGGAGUGCAAGAGGGAGCUGAGGUUUGCAUUGAAGCCCUUGCAGGAGAAGCUGGAGAACUUAAACACAGCCAAACAAAUCUGCCAGGAGACAGCAGACCACAUCAGGAGGCAGUCACAGCAUACAAUGCAGCUAAUAAAGGCUGACUUCGAGAAGCUGCAGCAGUUCCUUCAGGACGAGGAGGCAUCCAUGCUCGCAGCUCUGAAAGAGGACGAGGAGAAGAAGAGUCACAAAAUGAAGGACAAGAUAGACAGGCUAACACAGGAGAUUGCAUCUUUGAUUGAAACCAUUAACUCCACCGAAGAGGCCAUCGCUUCUGAAGACUUUGAAUUUUUAAAGAACUAUAAGAAAGCCUCUGAAUGUUACAGAGUGGAAUGCACACCGCCGGACCUUAAGGAGAUGAACGGCUGUCUGAUCGAUGUGGCCAAACAUCUGAGCUGCCUCAAAUUUAAAGUCUGGGAAAAAAUGCAGACCAUCACCUUCUACACUCCAGUGACCCUUGACCCCAACACAGCAGAUGUGUGCCUUUCUCUAUCUGAUGACCUGACUGUCCUGCGCUACACAGAUGAAGAGCAGCAGGCUCCUGAUAACCCAGAGCGCUUCUGUUACUACGAGUGUGUGCUGGGCUCCGAGGCCUUAGGGACAGGCCGCCACAGCUGGGAUGUAGAGGUAGGAGACAGCACCGAAUGGGCACUCGGGGUAGUGUACGAGAGCGUGCAACGUAAGGAGUGGUUCCCACCCAGUCCUGACCACGGCAUGUGGACCAUGUGCCUACACGGAGGUCACUAUCGUGCACCGAACUCCAUCAGUGAGCCGAUCACACUUAAGAGGAAACCACAAAAAGUGCGAGUGCAGUUGGACUGGGAUGUGGGCAGGGUCAUGUUUUCAGAUGCUGCAGAUAACACACUAAUCUACAAGUUUAAAGCAAAUUUUACUGAAAAACUCUAUCCGUAUUUCUCAACGACGUGUAAACGACAUCCCUUGCGCAUUCUUGCUGAGAAAGUGUCAGUGUACACAGAAUAGACCAGACUGAAAAUGUUCAAGGAAUAAAAUAAAGCCAGAAUUAUUUUGAAUCAGGAUUGUAAUGAACAUUUUUAAGGAAUGGUUGUUCUAAAAUUUAGCCACAUUUUUACAGCAAGAUAAAACUGUAUUUCUACAUUGAUUUUAAUCAUAUUCUAAAUGCUUAAUAGUGCUCCUCAAACACAAUUUAUCUGUUCAAAUAAUGCAGAACUUUAACUUCCGGUGCACCUGAAUAUUAUUUUGCGACCAUCCUUUUAUAAAAAAAUGAAAUUUUUUUUAAAAAUAAACCAAUUAAUAAAUAAAUACAUAAAGUGAAAAACACUUUUUUCUUUACUACUGUAGAAGUAAACAGUAUUGUAAUGAGCUAUGAUAAUCAUGAUAAAUUAACUUAUGAUACACUUUUCAGAGACACUCAUUACAACUUUUGUUAUGAAUGAAGUUAUGAGGUUAUUACUAUUAAUAUUAUUAUUGGCAAGUUUAGAUAGUGGAAUUAAGUGUAUAAACCUUAUACAUAAGAAAUAUCCUUACUAAUAUUUAUGUGAUAAGAUUGCACUUUAAAACAUGUUGAAAAGAUCCCCUGAAAACUAAAGAUUACACAUUACAUUUGAGAGCGAUACAUUUAGACUUUUCAACAUAGAUACUAUCUAUAUACAUGUCCACUAUA